CAUUACAUGUAUUCAUAAUUUCCUAGUUUAUGUUCCCGAAAAAAAUAGAUUUUACGACGGUCGUGGUACCUGUAAAAAUUUUUUGUAUUUUUCUUUGUUACCUGUGAAUUUGGAUAAUAGAAAUUUCUUUUGGAUAAGAAACUGAAUUGUGAAUUAAUAUAUAAUUUUUUAAUAUUUUUUAUCAUCUUACACCCGUUUAAAGGUUUCCGGUUCCUCGUAUCAUUCCUUCCUGAUUCUCAUCAGCUCCUUUUCAGUCGAUGUCAAUACAGCGCUGGGAUACAGCGCCUUGUCCAGCUGGUGGUAACUGGCAGACUGAGUGGCAGUCGUAUCUGUCCCCAAUACCGCCUUCGGGGAAACCACAGUGAAGGUUCAUUGGGAUAGCCGAUGAUAGCGUCAUAAGUGCCAGUCGAACAUAAGUUAUUUACGAAUUCGUUUGUGAAAUGGCCUCUCGGGAUCGUCGACUGGAUGCUGUGAACAAGCCGAAAAGUGAACGCUUCUGGGAAGAAGUGCCUCCUCGAUGGAUGAAUUGUCCUCCCGUAGGCCAGGUUGUAGCAGAUCUCUUCUUGCCGUUUAAAACGCCAUUGAACUCUACAUACGACGCGAAAAUCCCAGACGUUGCUAAACGUUUCGGUGUGGAAGAUGUGUUCGACAGUGUGGAGCAACAAGGAAGAAGCAUCGAUCUCUGGAUUAAUUUAGCGAAAACUGAGCGGUUUUACGACCCGAAAUCGGAAAUCACGGAUGAUCAUGCGCCUGCAAAGUAUAUUCAGUGCAGCUGUGCUGGCCAUGCAGAAUGUCCAACGGAGGAACAGACGCAUCUCUUUAUCGAGUUCUGCAAAAAGUACCACAAUGACCGUUCCGAUUCAUUAAUCGCUGUGCACUGCACUCAUGGAUUCAAUCGGACUGGUUUCCUGAUCUGCGCAUAUUUGGUGGAAGUCUGUGAUUAUAGUGUUGAGGACGCGAUUGAAAAGUUUGCUCAGGCGCGUCCUCCAGGCAUUUAUAAGGAAGACUACCUGCAGACAUUAUGUCGGCGGUAUCACGCCGAUCCUGAUGAUCUCCCCCCCGUUCCAGAUCUUCCCAGCUGGUGUUUCGAAGAAGAGAGUGAGCAAGUAGAUGACGAUGGAAAUACUGUGGAUACAGCAACAGAUCCAGAUGGGCCAUCAAACGGUUCAGUUCAGAGAAGACCCAAAAAUGUGCCUCAGUUUAUGGAAGGGGUGCCCGGAGUCGUUUACCUUCAGGAUGUGAAUCGAUCCAAAGCCGUGCAGCAGAAAUGUAAACGAUUUUGUGGAUGGAAUGGCCCAAAUUUCCCAGGAUGCCAACCGGUAUCCAUGGAUUUAUCCAAUAAGCAAAUGAUCGCAGAUCAACCGUACAGGGUCAGCUGGAAGGCGGAUGGUGUGAGGUACAUGUUGCUGAUUGAGGGAGAAAACGAUGUUUACUUUUUGGACCGGAAUAACGACGUCUUUCAAGUGGAAGGAAUGAACUUUCCUUACGUUAAAGGGGAUGAGCCGUACAUGGGCGCUCAUGUUUUUGACACCUUGUUGGAUGGAGAAAUGAUUCUGGACAGGGUGGGCCCUGAUGAAAUGAGGGCUCGAUUUUUAGUGUAUGACAUCGUACACUGGAUGAAUGAAGACACCAGGAUCAUGAAUUUCGACACCAGGUGCCAGAGAAUCAAGAAUGGUGUGAUGGAACCGCGUGACCGUUUAACAUUGAAGGGUUUAUUUAAUAAAGCGUUAGAACCCUUUAGCAUUCGCCAGAAGGACUUUUAUCCCGUUAAAACCAAAGAUCAAAACGGCUUCGUUAAUAUGGCUGCAAAGUUCUUGGGAGAGAAAUUUCGGAAAUUGCUGACGCAUGAUGUAGAUGGGCUCAUCUUCCAGCCGUAUGACAUGCCAUAUACUCCGGGCCGAUGCGAUCGGGUACUAAAAUGGAAGCCCCCCUCACAGUGCACAAUUGAUUUUCGGGUUCGAGUGGAGAAAUCGGAGCGCCGAGGAGAGAUUGCCAAGACAUCUGGUAAGCUGUACGUGGGAGGGCUGGACCAUCCAUUCGGGGAACUUAAGUGGAGCAAAGAAUACACCCAGUUGAAUGGCAAAAUUAUUGAAUGCCGCUAUGAUUACGGUUCGCGUAAAUGGAUUUUCGAACGAAUUCGCACCGACAAAAAUACUCCAAAUCAUUAUACAACUGCAAAUGCGGUAUUUAAGGGUAUCGAGCGUCCGCUGACCCAAGAGAUUCUUAUGAAUUUUAUCGUGGAGUCAGUUCCAUACUUCGAAGAAGAAGUACAAAGACGAAGAAAGGCAGGUAGCACCAAGGCUCAAACCGAGAUGAGGCAACACGAAGGACGGAAACAUCGAAUGGACAGCGUGGAAGAUGAAGCUGGAACUGCCAAACGGAUUCGGAAUUAAUUAAAAAUGCUUAUGGUUUUAAAAUGCAUUCAUUCUUUGCCUGAUCUUUGCGUUUUCACUGGGAGGGAGGCUUACGCGAACGAUUACGAAUAGUCGAAUACUUACUUGCUUGACACGCCGGCUGCGAUCAACGCACCGACAUAUUGUUGAUCAAUGCCGGUAUGACGGUAAUUUACCGGCUUUGAAUCUGUAGAUAUAUGAAAGAAAUGAAAAGGCUUUGGUUU